AUGCCUUUGUUUAGCAAAUCACACAAAAAUCCAGCAGAAAUCGUGAAAACUCUGAAAGACAACUUGGCAAUUUUGGAAAAACAAGACAAAAAGACAGAGAAGGCCUCAGAAGAAGUGUCAAAAUCACUGCAAGCAAUGAAAGAAAUUCUGUGUGGCACCAAUGACAAGGAGCCACCAACAGAAGCAGUGGCUCAGCUAGCUCAAGAACUCUACAGUAGUGGGCUGCUGGUGACUCUGAUUGCUGACCUGCAACUGAUAGACUUUGAAGGAAAGAAAGAUGUGACCCAGAUAUUUAACAACAUCCUAAGAAGACAGAUCGGCACACGUUCCAAAAUGUCUGAUUAUCUAAGUAGAAAUUUCUCUGUUUUCUCUUGUUUAUGUUCUAGAUAUGAAGCCCCACAGAUUGCCUUACGUUGUGGAAUAAUGCUGAGAGAAUGUAUUCGACAUGAGCCACUUGCCAAAAUCAUCCUCUUUUCUAAUCAAUUCAGAGAUUUCUUUAAGUAUGUGGAGUUGUCAACAUUUGAUAUUGCUUCAGAUGCCUUUGCUACAUUUAAGGAUUUACUAACCAGACAUAAAGUGUUGGUAGCAGACUUCUUAGAACAAAAUUAUGACACUAUUUUUGAAGAUUAUGAGAAAUUGCUUCAGUCUGAGAAUUAUGUGACUAAGAGACAAUCAUUAAAGCUGCUAGGUGAACUGAUCCUGGACCGACACAACUUUGCCAUUAUGACCAAGUACAUCAGCAAACCCGAGAACCUGAAACUGAUGAUGAACCUUCUUCGAGAUAAAAGCCCCAACAUUCAGUUUGAGGCCUUUCAUGUCUUUAAGGUGUUUGUGGCCAGUCCUCACAAAACACAGCCUAUUGUGGAGAUCCUACUAAAAAAUCAACCGAAACUCAUUGAGUUUCUGAGCACCUUCCAGAAA